AGUUCCCACUCCGAUAAGGGUUUGGCGAAUCCAGAGACGAAAAUGGAGGAGCCGCAGAAAACCAAAAAUGCUGCCUCAUCGAAACCUAAAGCACCUUCUAAGAAGAAGCCGCCGACGCCACAAGAGCUGAUAGCUCACUACGAAUCGCAAGGCCUCGACUCCAACGCCGCCACCGCGAAGGUCAUUGACGAUCUCCAGAGGGCGUUUUUCGGAGUCAUAUCUUCCGGCCGCGGCAAAAAGGACAGACUAUUGGCCGAUUCUUCCCGAAAGAUUGAUGCUCUUAACAGCGGCCUCACCAUCCUCGACCUUAAGCUUGACUCCAAGCCUGGAUAUGCCGAAACCUUCGCCAUGGGAAUCGCUUCCGGCGCCGCUAUUAAUGGAAUCGGAGCUGUAAUGCCUCAAAUUCUUGGAAGUCUUAAUCAAAUCUGGAAAUCUGUUGCCUCUGUUACCGAUUCUUCUUCUUCUUGAUUCUCCAUCCCGCCAGACAUGUUUAAUGUAUUCGUCAAUAAUGAACUAAGGUAGUUCCCCCCCCCCCACCCCCACCCCAAG